AUGAAAAGCAGUCGACAAAAUGAAGACCAUAUCUUUGUUUCCUCGCCAUCGCCCCCCGGCGGCUUACGGCCAUCGACCGAUUUAACCAGAGGGACCACAUAUCUCCCUUCGUCUACUUCCUCCUCACCGCCGUCAAUACCACUGGAGCCUUCUGCUCCCCAGCCCAAGAGAUUUGUUCGAUUCGACGUUGACGACGAACUGGCAGGCUCUGUUGGUUUUGCCAGUCGGGACAAUGACGAAAGGUGGACAUACGAUGAGGACUUCUUGAAUUCAUCUGACGACGAUGAUUUUGCACACGCAGUGGAAGGAGGGACGGCGCCUCUCCUAACGAAUAUCGCGGCUCCAUCCGUAGUAUUUGCUGGCCUCGAUAACGACAACUUUGAGGAUCCUGCCUCAAGAAGUGGAAUGAAAAUGGCUUUUAUGAACAUGGCCAACUCGAUUAUAGGGGCAGGAAUUAUCGGUCAACCAUAUGCGUUCAAACAGGCAGGGCUCGCAACAGGCGUAAUUCUUCUCAUAGUUCUAACGCUUUUAGUUGAUUGGACGAUCAAUUUAAUAGUUAUAAAUUCCAAGCUCUCUGGUGCAAACUCAUUUCAGUCCACAGUGAGCGCGUGCUUUGGAAAGUGGGGCCUAAUAUCUAUAUCUUUAGCCCAGUGGGCCUUCGCCUUUGGUGGGAUGAUCGCUUUUUGCAUCAUUAUCGGCGAUACUAUUCCCCACGUUCUGGCAGCACUAUUUCCUCGCCUAAAAGAUAUGUCUAUUCUAUGGCUCCUAACGAAUCGAAGAGCCGUGAUUGUUCUAUGUGUCGUCGGGAUAUCAUAUCCGUUGAGUCUAUACCGAGACAUUGCAAAGCUCGCAAAGGCUUCAGCCUUAGCCCUUGUGAGCAUGCUUGUCAUCGUCGUGACGGUUAUUACACAGGGGUUCUUUGUCGCAAACGAGCUGAGAGGAACCCUUUCAGGGCCAUUACUCACUCUAAACUCUGGAGUGUUCCAGGCAAUCGGUGUUAUUAGUUUUGCCUUUGUCUGCCAUCAUAACUCCCUUCUAAUUUAUGGUUCCCUACGAAAGCCCACCCUUGAUCGCUUCGCUCGAGUGACGCACUACUCGACUGGCAUUUCGAUGGUUGCCUGUAUGGGAAUGGCCUUCGCUGGGUUUUUGACGUUCGGGGACAAAACCAUGGGCAACGUCCUAAACAAUUUCCCAAACUCUAACUUGAUGGUGAAUAUCGCGCGAUUCUGCUUCGGAUUGAAUAUGUUGACAACCCUACCUCUUGAGGCUUUCGUGUGUAGGGAAGUGAUGAUCGGCUACUGGUAUCCAGGAUCCCCUUUUGAAAUGAAGCGUCAUGUCAUAUUUACGACGUAA